AUGGCACGUAAUGAAGAGAAAGCAAAAUCUAUGUUAAAUAGAUACCUUCAAUUAAAGGGAACAGAAUCAAAACAAGAAGAAAGAAGACCUUACCUAUCAAAUGAAUGCGAUUCAUUGGUAGAUGCAGAGAAAUGGAGACGUCAAAUUUUAAAAGAAAUUACAAGAGGAAUCACUGAAAUCCAAAAUUCUGCACUUGAUGAAUAUAAAAUUAGAGAUUUAAAUGAUCAUAUAAAUAAAUUAGUUAGAGAGAAAGGACAUUGGGAAAGAAGAAUAUUACAAUUGGGUGGACCAAAUCAUAGAGCAUUAGCACCAAAAUUAUUUGAUGCAGAUGGUAAAGAACCAUUGGGAACAGGUACAUAUAGAUACUAUGGUGAAGCAAAGAAUUUACCAGGUGUUGCUGAAUUAUUUGAAAAACCAGAACAAACAUUACACGGUACAGAAAAAAAAACAAGACAAGAUCUAUAUAAAUAUAUUGACUCUGAUUACUAUGGUUAUAGGGAUGAUGAAGAUGGUAAAUUGGAAGAAAUUGAAAGAGAAUAUGAAAAAUAUGCAAUUGAACAAAAUGUUGAAAAUUGGAAAAAACAACAAAGAGAUAAAUUUCAAAUUAAUACUAAUAGAUUUAACAAUAAUAAUAUUAAAAAUAGCAUUGCUAUUAAUAAAAAUACAGAAAAUAAAGAUGAAAUUAAUAUAGAUGAUGAUGAAGAAAAUGAUGAUAAUAAUAAUAAUAAUAAUAAUAAUAAUACAGAAAAUACAGAAAAUAUAGAAAAUAUUCAAGAAGAAGAAGAAAAAGAAGAUAUUAAAUUUAAAUCAUAUGUAUCAUUACCAUCAACAUCACAAAUUGAAACUAUACUUUUAGAAAAAAGAAAAGAAGAAUUAAGAAAACGAUACACCCAAAAUUAA